AUGUGGGCGUGCAACCGAAGUUGUUAUCUAGGAGGCGCAUGGGCCGCUGCUGGUAGGCAUGAGGUGCAAUUAUGUGGGCAUGGCAUGAGUGAGGUCACGGGCUUCAUUGCGCGGACACUUGAACACCGUGUUGCAAGCCGAGCAUUCAACUAUGGUAAGGAAGCUCGCUAUGAGGUGUGUAACCGAGCCCACGAGGGCGACAAUAGAGGGGCCGCAAGUGUUGUGAAUUGCUUGGGGAAAUGGUUGGAGCAAAAGAGAGUCUGCAGGCAUGAUGAGGUGGCUACAAUGGUUGUCUUAGCUUAUAAGGGAGGCCGAUAUGAAAAGGAGCUUCGAGUGAGGGAAAGAGAAAGGAGGAGUGAUGUUGCUGCUAAGGUGGCAAAACAUUCAGCAAUUGCAUAUGAAGAAAGAUCUUUGAAUGUAUUUGAUUAA